UGAUCGUCCACAUCCAUUGCCGUCAUCUGAUCUUCUAGCAAGACUGUAAGCUCUGAAACUCCGGUCAUUCACCAGCUUGACCUCUUGCGAGCAGGAUGUCAAACCUCCACCUGAACCGCCGGAAACCCAUCCGACUCCCCUUCUCGACGAAAUUGAAAUCCACCCACUUGAAUCAGGUCGAACAGACGGAUUGCGGCAUAUGUCGAGAGAAGAAGAGCAAAUACGUCUGUCCGAGAUGUAACAUAUUUUACUGUUCACUCGACUGUUUCCGAUCGCCCCAACACGUUCAGUGUUCAGAACCGUUCUACGCAGCUUCUAUCCGGGAAUCCAUCGCCCAGAAUCCUUCCAGCACAGAUGAGGAGAAGAAGGGGAUGUUCACGAUCCUCGAGAGGUUCGAACGGGGCGCGGAUGGCGACUCUGAUCAGGGUCUCGAUGAAAUAGGAGGAGACGAAGGAAGAGGCCAGGAGGGAGGGAACGGGAUCGGAGCGAGCAAGCUGGAAGAUCUCUACCGAGGGUUGAUCGCCUCAGAAACCGGCACAGAUGGACAGGAGGGCAAUGAAGAGGAAGAUUCUGACAACGAGGAGGAUGAGGAAGCCAGGGAAGAACUCGUACGCAAACUCGAGGGGGUCGAUCUCGACUCGCUGGCUCCGCAGGACCUAUUCGCCCUCCUCCCCGCAGCGCACCGGAAAAAGUUUGUCGGGGCUUUACAGUCGGAAAAAGGUCGGGCGAGGUUGGUACGGGAUGCCGAGGCUGACGAAAUGCACGAGGACGAGGAUGACGAGCUUGGAGAUUCCGACGAGGAGGUAGCGGCUGCGGGAGACGAUUGGCAAGGAUGGUGGGCCCCGACCGGAGUUGUUCUCCAGCUGGACGGAGACGAGGACGAUGAAGAUGAGCCUUUUGAGCAAGGCCAAGACGCUCUCAAAGAUCGGGCCGCUGUCUCAGAGAAACCGAACAUGCUGGACGAAGCGGUGUCAGGCAAGAUCUCGAUCCCGGAGACUGUCGUCAUGGGUUUAAGAUUCAAUCUGAUGGCAAUCUGUCUGGCCUACGUGAUCACGAUCAAGACCUUCAUCCCUGGAACCGGGACGUUACAAAACCUCCUCUCGUCUUCCGAUCUAAAAACUGGGAACACGAACGACCGAAAGGUCGAACGGAUAAGAGCUUCUCUCAAGGGGACUGUCGGGUUCUUGUUCGACCCUCGGUCGACUUGGAAAGCUGGCGGGAUGGCGGAUGUGGAGGGGGAGAUUUAUGGGGGUAUGGAUAUGGGCUCCGAGGGGACUGAAUACCUGCAAGACCUGGUAGACCUUGUCCGGCCGCCCUUGGAUGUGACGGAACCUCACCCGGUCCGAUUGGUCAUCUCCGACCUGUACUCACUGUUCUCCUCCGCUCAUUCUUCGACUGAGAGUAUCAGGGACAAACAAGUACUCAAGAAGCUUGAAUUCUACUACGUGCUAGCGGGUCUGAUCGGGAGGACGGGGUGGAUGGAGCUGGAACGGGUAAUCAGCGUCAGGAUCGAGAGGUUGAGGGAGGCGCGAGGCGAAAGCAUAGAAGAGGGAGAGGAUGAGGAGAAGGAAAGGGAGGGCUUUAUCGUCCAGGCUGAAGAGCCCGUAAGGAGGAUAGGAGAUCCGGUUGCGACAAGCAAGAUUGUAGAGUUGUGAGGUGUGUGGACCUGCUAUUCGAUCACGUGAUCCUUCCCGGUAGAAUGAUCGGCCCGUGAUGCCCGUGAUCCCCGGCCCGAGCCGUAGAUGUUGAAUCGAAACGAGCAUCUCAUCGAGGUUG